AACAGCACACGCUUUAGUCUUCCCAAACGCUCCAAAGGGAGCACAUCAAAAAAUUUAAAAAAUGCGGUGCGGUCAGUAGUUAACUUGCGAAAUUGAAGUCGAAGUAAGCUCGAGGCGUUUUACCAGUUUUAACCCAAAAUUAUCUCGUUUUGAAUUGAGGACUCACUGCGAAGAAGUUUUAAACAAACAAAAUUAUGAUGCUUUCAAAAAGCAAACAGCUGAUUGGCAUGUCGCAAUUGCUGCAAAAGCAAGUUUUGGGCUUCCUGCCACCGUCAUCGUUUCGCCUGGAGAGUGGCUAUCCGGCGCCCUUGCAGCCGCGCAAGGACCUAAAGCCGAUGAAGAAGAAGGAUAGGUCAAAGGUGUACGAUGCCUGUUGGCAAACGACGCGAAGGACCGAGUACAAGUGCCGUUCGGAUCCGGAGUUUCAGAUGCACGCCUUUAUCGAUUCUCGCAAGAGUUGUUUAGAAGAUCCCUGCGCCACCGAGAUGUUGGCCCUCGAUCUCACCCACUACAAGCCCUCGGACAUGGGCAAACGGAAAUACCCUCGUACCUGGUUCGAGUGUGUGGUCAAGCGGCGGAAGCGCAAGGCCCACUGCGUCCCCAUACCGCCACCGAUGCCGCGACGCAAGCGCAAGUCGAGCAAGGCCCUCUGCCCCGUGGAUAUGUGCGUCCUGGGCAAACAGGAGCUUAAUCUGAUCAAGCCCUGCGUUAAGCCAGCCACCUCAUGUCCGCGCUUCAAAAUGCCCAACUGCUGUGUGGCCGCACGCAAUCCGCCCAAGUGCCGUCGUCCCUUCAGACGAUGUGGCCGUAGACCCAAGACCAAGUAUCCAAGUUUCUCCGAGUGUAAACGUGAUCCCUUCCCGGAUGCUCGACCCAUCGAGUGCAACUGCCUGCUCAAGCCGGCCAUCUGCGACAUGUGGCGCCACUACCGACGCCGAUUUGGAUGAUCUACUUCGAUUUCAUCAAGGGAUUUUUACCAAGUUUUGACCUAUCUAAAUUAAUGUCUCGAAAGCCUACCGCAUGCUGAAAUUCAACUAGCAACAAAGUAGCUUUCGUAUUUUCUGAGCAUAUGACAAUUCCCUCCCAACUAUAUGUUUUGUCAUGCUCGUAUUGAAGAACUAUAAAAAUUGGUAACUGUAUGUUUAAAUUCAUUGGUAUUGGGCUUUGCAGAAUCUAAACAAAUAUUAAAUAUGCUAACAUCGUUUCCCAAUAAAAUCUUAAAUCUUAA